AUGUCUAGCGCCUCGACAUCGUCAACCUUCAAGAGUUCAUUGCCACAGACUGAAUGGAGGUGGAUACGACAGAUUCUCAUCGAAGCAGUUUUGCUGAGCUCAGCCAUCAAACUGCAUCUUCUACCGAGCCCGGUAUGGAUGAUAUGGGUGGCGAGCUCUCCUUCCCGGCAUGCAUCACAGAGUCUCCCCCGUCCUCUUCCAAGUCGGCCUGUCCUCAGUCGCAUGAUUCUCAAAGUCGCCAGCGAUCAAUUGAUUGAUGAAUCUUCACCUCCGUUGUCGCGUGCGUUAGCUGGGGCCAUGGCUCGGCCACAUCUUGAUACAGUGCUGCUACGAAGGUCCCAGAGAUUGCUAUAUCAGGUACCACACUGGCAAAUGAACCAGUCUCUCCUACCUCUUCGUACGAAGCCUGGUCCUUGGGGCAUCCGACCAUCUCAUUGCGACAAGUUUUACUUCAGCGAGACCUCUUCAUCACUUAUUGGCACUGAUGACUAUACAAAGUCCCCAUUCGCGUCAGUUUUUCCCACGAGUUACAUCAAUUCCUUUGCCUUCCAGUUCUUACAGUCGCCGUUUUCGGACAAUGAAGUCAGAAAUGCCGCUGUUCGAGUUGCGAAGUCUAGUCAAUCAGUUGUCCUGCUUCAAGGUAGUGCUGUAGAGUCUGCAUCAGUCUCUCAUUGCGAUGUCCAUUCCUUCAGCAAAAUAUCUUCGUCCCGUGGUGUUGGCAGCAUUGAUCCCGAUGUUGCGAGUAAUAUCCCACAUAUUGUCAUCUCAGGGGACACAUCACCAUCUAGGGAGUCCACAGGUCAAGUUGCGGAGUCCAGUGAAUUGACGGUCCUGCCGCAAAGCAGUACCCUUGCGUGUACAGAUGAUUGGUCCAGGGACGAGAAAGAGUUCCAAGAAUGUCUUCCAUGUGGCAUAAGCCACUAUGCCAGGAAGUCCUACAUAGAUGAAUUGGCCAUAGCAAAAUUCACAGUACCUGCUAUGCAAACCGAAUUCAGUACAUGUAUCUCGCCCCAAACUGGAGAGGAAAAGGUUCUGCCUGAAGGUUGGACAAAGCAUACACAUUCAGACGGGAAGCCAUAUUUCUAUCACGAUAACGAUAAAGUAAUUACUGAGGAGUGGUUGUACGACAGAGCCAUUGCCGAAAAGCUAUCUAGAUACAUCAGCAUACUCAACGACGCCAUUUCGAAAAGGGCCGAAUCGUUUGGUCGCAUUAAAUCCUGGCAUCUAUAUGUAGAAAUCGUGGAAUACGAAGAGCCUUCGUGGGAAGGUGAUAACUGCUGUCGUUGCAGAUACUACUUUGUCAACCACGAUGAGGAAUGUAUCUUCUGGCUCUCCGAGUUCCGACUAGAUGAUCAUCUAUGGGAGCUCAGGGGAGAUAUGAGCCCUGAUUUCAUUCGCAAAUUCCUAGAAUAUUGGAGCCAUCAAUAUUUCUUUAGCGACAUUCACCGACUUACGAAAGUGCAGUGGAAUGCAGUCAAAGACUAUGACUUACUCGCAAAAGCAGAUGUAAACAUGUCUGACACUUCAACUGUGACUUGGAGCAUCGAUAAACUGAAGAACAUGAGCAAAAACAUUAUCAUAGCAGAAACGUCGUACAUGAUGGCUUUGUUACAUAACCAAAUUCUCAACUAUUAUGAUCAACGGAAUGUACGAACCAAUCGAAAUGAAUCUACUUCUGGAUCCGAUCAUAACAAGGAGCUCACACAAAUAAUAUCUUUUUUCGAACCGCAGCUCACCGUUUCAUUCAAGAUAGCAAACAUCUUACUGUUCUAUGCGCCGAUUAAACACUAUACUCUUCUGAAUAAGGUCUGGGACGAUAGAAUGCUAAUGGAUCAACGGACUGUUCUCGUAGAACAGACUAUAAGCAAGCUGAACUUGUCCAACGGACUGGCCACGGUUCUUUUAGCUGUGAACGUGGCUUUUCUGGCCAUACCUUCGGUCGAUAAUAUGGGUGCCAACCAACAAUUUUCUGUGACAAAGAUUCUCGUCUGCUUCUCCGUUGUCCUUAGCCUGGGCAGCAUUAUCAUCGGUCUCUUCUUCAUACACCAGUAUACCACCCUGAAGCAAGUUGAUUCUUCUGUUGUGAUCUCUUUCCUGGAGCGGCACUGGCAGAUGAAACUUGGGUUUGAAAGGUUGGCGAUCAUAUCUAGUGUCCCUGAUGCGCUUCUGAUGUGGGGACCAAACGUGAAAUUCAGGAUAACUUCUUUCUUGGUCUCCUUCUUAUCCAUGUGCUUUGAGGCUCCAAACGCACCAUCGCUCAAAGCUUUCGUGAUCCUCGCGUACGUUUUGAUUACUGCGCUUGGUUUGUGGUGCACUUUUUUCUUCUGGGAGGGCAGCGACCAAUGGAUAGAUCGAUUCUUCAAGUUAAUGUUCCAGAGAGAUCUCUUUUCAGACAGAAAGAAUUCCUUACGUUUCAUAUCGUCUUUUAGUGAAAAACUACGCCGAUUUCCUCUGGAACUGGAACUGGCGGAUGGUCUCGCAGGGGAGAAACAGCAUUUUGCCCACGGCCACCAGCGGAGAAUGGUAGAUCAAAAAGCUUUGGAAUCUCUGUUCAGUAUCACAGAUUUGUAA